UCAAGGCUGCUUGGAAGAAUCCUUGUUCCAAAGCCAGCUUGGCAUCCUCUGCCUUCAUAGGUGGUUUAUUCUAUUAGUAAGGACAUCCUCUCUUGGUUGAUCAAGAUGAACAGGUUUCUUCUCCUGGGAUUUGCUGCUUUGCUCUUCUGCACAGUUGCUCAAGGACUGAUAUGCAAAGUCUGCAAAUUCAAAGUGGGUUACCUUUGUUUCAGUUCUGAUGACCCCUGUGUAGCAGAGGAGGGACAGCACUGUGAAACCACAAGAGUUUAUUCAGGUAAAUUAAUGCUCUUCACAAGGCAUGGCUGCAACAAACACAAGGAGCUGUGCAACUUGACUGAGCAGAGGGAUAACGUCUUUGACAUGAGCUACAACCGCACUUGUUGCAACUAUGACCUGUGCAAUGGAGGAAUCGUCAGCGGUCCCAGCUUACCGCUCUUGGCUGGACUCAGCUUGGCUCUUGGUAGCUGGCUGGCACGCUAGCAAUGAAGACUGAUAGUGAAGCUCAUCAUUCCCACCCAGCUGAUGACCCUUGGACUGUCUUUCUUCCCAGAAGAGACAAGAUUCUCUCACCUCCUUCCCUUCCAAAGGGGCCUCAUCGCAAUGGUAGCACUUUUUCAGACCAGCACAAC